AUGCGUGCUCAUCUCCAGUUAUUGGGCUUGUUCGCUCUUUCACUUGGACUUUCAGUCACAUUUGGUGCCGAGCGGCAAUGCGCUUGUGAUUACAAGAAAACAUGGCUAGACAUUGUGUUCAUAUAUGAUUCAUCAAAGAAAAUGAAUGUAACAGUUUUUGAAGAAGUACGGAAUUUCACCGCAGCGGUGGCUAGAGAAAUCCUAAUCAGCCAAGAGGAUGGUGCUUAUUCCAGAAUUGGUGUCAUCAAUGGUGGUGAGGAGGCAGAGGUUGUUGCCGAUCUCACAAAAUACUCCAGUAGCGAAGAAGCAGCUAAUGAAAUCCAUAAAAUCACAUACAUGAACGCCAACAAUUUCAACCUUAGGAAAUCCAUGCUGGCAGCACGGAAUAUGGUAGAAGAGGCGUACAAACAGAGACCGAAUGUCAAGAAACUCGUCAUCGUAUUCUCGGGUAAAUCGGAAGACUGCGUAUACCAAGGCAAGUUCCAAAUGAAGAUGGUGAAACCCGAAGAAGACCAGAACCCAUGUCGUAUCGCGUCGCACAUAAAGGAGAAUGGAGGCGUCGUCAUGACUGUUGGACUGAAAUACGAUGGUAAAGACACAUUCCCACAUAUGAAAUUCGGAAGUGAAUGCUACAGA